AUGCUCAACACACAGAAGUCGUUUUCUGACACAUUAGCAACAACCCUCAUUGAAAAAGUAAAGGACUUUGAAAACAAAAGAUUCAGAGAAGAGCUUAGCAAGAACUCGUACCGCAAAAAGGAGAUGACAUUUCGUCUUAGUGUCAACAAUAAUUAUCUCAAGAGUACCGACUCGGCUCUUUCAAAGUUGGACCAAUAUCCAAUAUUAAGUGAUGACUCCUCCAACUCAAAACAAAACAAAGAUGAAUUCUCAACAGACUCUGUGUUACUCGAAGACAAUAUUUUAGAAUUUGCUAUAGAGAAAGAACACAAGAUUGAUCAAGACAAAGACAAUUUAAUUAAUGAAAACAAAGAAAUCGAAGAUCACAACACCGAAUUAAAAAUAUCUGAAAAUUCGGAAGUUCUUAUUGAAAAGGAACACCCAAUUUCUAUCAAGAAAAAUACCAAUGAAAAUUCCAAAGCCAUUCCAAACGAAAUUGUUAAAAAAGAAGAAAAGACUACAACAAAAAUGAAAGAUGUGAAUGUUAAAAAGUCUGACAAAUGUGACAAUGACAGCAUCAAAAAUAUUCAAAACGUUCAAAGUGACGAGAAUUUUGACGCCAUUCCAGACAUCGACCUCCAACCAAAACAUGUCGAUAAUCCAUACUUCCCACAAAUACCUUUCUUCAAGCUUAAAAACCAAGAUAAAAAAACGAACAAUAGUUUAUCGAAAAAUGAGAUCAUAACUAUAGACGCAAGCAAUGAAACGGAUGUAAUGUCCCAUACCCCACAGACACGUAAUAAACUCGUCAAAAAGAUAAAAAUCUCAAAAAUUCAACCGAUUCCUCAAAAAACAAAAACGCCAUCAGUCGUUAAUGAAGUCAAAGAAUCGACACAACCUGCAUACAAAACACCUUUUUCUCAUUCAGAAAGCAAUAUGGAGAGUCCAUCAAUUAAAGUCGAUAAACAUGAGAGUGAUAAAGAGACAAAGAGUUCACAAAAGACGCAGAAUUUGUUACCAACAACAACAUUUAAAACGGAGAAGUCUACUGAAAUGGGAAAAGGCGAGAAAAAGGAUAUUUUAAACUUCAUAGAAAAGGUGCAGAUAGAAAAAUGGAGCUCUUGUAAACUCGACAAAGUACUUUUUGAUACAUCUGUGGACUCCGCUGAAAAAUCUGCAAGUCUUUUACACACCCGUUUUGAAGACGUUGAGAAAUCAGUCUUUUUGAUUGAAGACGACCAACUCAAUUUGUUUGGCGGAGUCACAACAAAGAAGAUCAAACUUGACGAAUUUGUUGAUGACAAAAACGCCUUUUUGUUUUCUCUGAGAUCGAAUGGGCGGCUGGGUUCUCCAAUGAAAUUUGACAUGAAGAAGAGUGAGAGUGAAACGGCGAUAUUUGUUGGUGGAGAGUCGAGUUUUAAACUUUUCAAAUUUGGUGAUGGAGAUGUUGAAGUUGGGAAGAUGUUGAUCCGAAAGAAUGUUGGAGUGUGGAAUUGUAUACUUGGACAGUCGAGUUAUGAAUAUGGGAAAGUGAGGCGUGCAUUGACGGGGACAACAAAGUCGAAAUUGAAGCGGAUCUCUGUUUACAAACUCGUUGAUAAAUAA